AUGACAACAAUAGAACCACCAUUGUCGACUCGGCCGAUGCGUGCGUGCCGACUGCAGUCGGCAGCGCGGAUGGCUGGUCUCCCGACCCCACCAGAAACACCUCCACUUGCGCGCCGACCGCAACCUCUGCGUGCUCGAUCGACCCCGGUACGACAUAGCGCUCCCCUUCCUCAGGAUGGUCUAUCCUCUGUGUCUAUGCCCGUCACUCGGGCUCCGUCGCCCGGUCUCCAGCCCAUCGUUGAGAUCACGCGAUCAAGUGAGACGACAAGCCCGUCUGUAAACAAUAUCGAGGCGCGGACACCCCUUCCUCGGCGCCGAUCUGCUCUCGGCCUCGACCUGAACGAUUCCAACGAGGCCACUCCGCUCCCGAUCUCCGUCCAGCUUCCGACCCCCGAUGACUUCCUCAACCUUCCACCUGCACAGGCGUCAAGACCGGUCAACACCGCUUCUCCGAAGCGGGUGACGAUCGACGGCAAGCCGCGAUGCCGUGUCGAGCGCCGAUUCCCGUGCGACUUCCCCGGCUGCACCAAGGCGUACUUCAAGCAAAGUCGCCUGAACGAACACAAGCAGACGCACACCGGCGAGCGUUCUCACAAGUGCGAGGAGGAAGGCUGCGGCAAGACGUACUACCGCCGCAGCCAUCUCGUCGCACACAUGCGCACACACAAGAAGCCGGAAGAGAAGCCCUUCGUGUGCCCCCGACAAGGCUGCGGGAAGCAUUUCUGGACGGCGUCGCACUGUAAACGCCAUGAGGAGAGCCACGACCGGGCCGAGGAGCAUGCGUGCGAGCACUGCGAGGCCGUGUUCGCCAAGGCGAACCAGCUCCGCGAUCACGUCGCUGAUGCCCACAUGCCGGCCGGCACCAAGCCCUGGUUGUGCAAGCACGAGGGCUGUGGAAAGAGUUUCGCCAUGAAGCAGCAGCUAAAGACUCACACUAAAACGCAUGAUCCUACGCGCUAUAUGUGCGGCCACGCCGACCACGAGACGGCAGUCCUGUUCGCAACCUGGACCGAACUGCAAGCGCACACACGCGAGGCUCAUCCUGCCGUGUGCCCGUAUGACGAGUGCCACGGGCGGACGUUCAAGACUCCUGCCCGUCUCCGAGACCACCUCAAAGUGCACGCCGAGCGGGAGGAAGACCUGGCCGCUGUGGGAUCGGACGAGGAGAUUGCACCGGUCUUGCAGAAGAAGCGGCCGUCUCGCCGGAAACGCCGUCGCUCGGACGUCGACGAUGCCGGCGACCAACCCCUGUCGCCCGAGGCUCCGAAGAAACUGGCGCGCAUCGAGGGCGGCUCGGCGGGCAAGAUCUAUGCCUGCGGCACUCCCGGUUGCGGCAAGACUUACAAGACGCAGUAUGCCCGAGACGAGCACGCCCAGGCCGCCCAUGCGAAGGGCAAGCACCGAUGCGAUGUGUGCGGGCGCACGUACAGGCGUCCAGCGAGUCUGAAGCGACACCAGGCUGAUGGGUGGUGUGACCCGAAUCGCGAGAGCGAGGCCGAGUGCACCGAGGACGAGAGUCACGGGGACAUUGCGGCCGAGCUGCUCGGCAUCGCUACUGCGCCGGGUGGACAGCAGUACCGUCCCUGGGUCUGCCCAUAUCUCACGCAUGUUGAACUUCAUGGCCUGGGGGAGAAGGAGAUGGAGAGGGACGAGAACAUGGAGGAGGAGGAGGAGGAAGGGGAAGAAGCAUGCUCUGAGCGAUUCUUCCGAGUGUACGAUGUGCGCCGGCACUUGGGGGCUGUGCACGGUGUUGUAAUCGGGGAUGAGGAGACGCGCAAGCUCCUGCUCGCAGAUGGGCAGCGGGGAGAGUAG